GUUGACACUGUUGGGUACUCGGAGCAGUCAGUGCUGACCGAGAAUGGCACAGAACGGAAUAACAGAGAACGGAGUGACUGAAGGAAUCCCAGCUUCGCCUUUCCCUCAGCCGGUCAGAGUCCAGGAGAUCAGACACACCAAGAUUUUUAUCGACAAUGAGUGGCACACAUCCUGCAGAGGAAGGACGUUUCCAACUUUCAACCCGGCGACAGGUGUCAAAAUCUGUGAUCUGGAGGAAGCAGACAAAGAGGAUGUGGACAAGGCGGUGGAGGCAGCCAAGGCGGCCAAACAGAGGGGUUCUCUGUGGCGGAGGAUGGACGCGUCCAGCCGCGGGAGGCUGCUGCACAAACUGGCCGACCUGAUGGAGAGGGACCGGCUCCUGCUGGCGACCCUGGAGACUCUGGACACAGGGAAACCCUUCCUGCAGUCCUACUUCAUCGACCUGGACGGCAGCAUCAAAACCCUUCGUUACUACGCAGGCUGGACUGACAAGAUCCAUGGCAAGAGUCUGCCUGUAGAUGAAAGCUUCGUGUGUUUGACCAAACACGAGCCUGUUGGUGUGUGUGGAGCCAUCAUUCCUUGGAAUUUUCCUCUGCUGAUGUUCACGUGGAAGAUAGCACCGGCCCUGAGCUGUGGAAACACUGUGGUCAUCAAGCCAGCAGAGCAGACCCCCCUCACGGCCCUCCACGUUGGAUCGCUCAUCAAAGAGGCAGGCUUCCCUCCUGGAGUUGUGAACAUCGUUCCAGGGUUUGGCCCCACAGCGGGAGCAGCCAUUGCCAACCACAUGGACAUUGACAAAGUGGCCUUCACUGGUUCUACAGAGGUAGGUCAUCUGAUCAAAGAAGCAGCAGCCAAAAGUAAUCUGAAGAGAGUGACUCUGGAGCUGGGAGGGAAGAACCCCUGCAUCGUGUUCGCUGACUGUGACUUGCAGCUGGCUGUGGAGGAAACCCAGAAAGGAGCUUUUUAUAACCAGGGUCAGUGCUGCACGGCUGCAUCCCGUGUCUUUGUGGAGGAAAGUAUUUAUGAAGAGUUUGUGCGUCGCAGCAUAGAAAAUGCCAAGAAGAUUGUCACUGGAGACCCGCUGGACCCCCAGACAUCACACGGGCCACAGAUUGACCGACAGCAGUUUGACAAGAUUAUGGAUCUGAUCGAGAGUGGGAAGAAGGAGGGAGCCAAGCUGGAGUGUGGAGGAGUAGCUGUGGGUGAGAAGAGCCUCUUCAUUCAACCCACCAUCUUCUCCAGGGUCAAAGACCAUAUGCGCAUCGCCAAGGAAGAGAUCUUUGGUCCAGUGCAGUGUAUAUUCAGCUUUAAGAGCCAGCAGGAGGCCAUAGACAGAGCGAACAGCUCACAGUAUGGCCUGGUGUCAGCAGUCUUCACAACAAGUAUGGACAGAGCUCUGUCUGUGUCUGCAGCCCUGGAGACUGGCACUGUCUGGAUAAACUGCUAUAAUGCCCUUCAUGCCCAGGCGCCCUUUGGAGGGUUUAAGAUGUCAGGCAAUGGACGAGAGCUUGGAGAGUACGCUCUGGCUGAGUACUCAGAGGUGAAAGCAGUGACCAUCAAACUGAGUGAAACCAUGUGAGAAGAACCGGGAAAAUUCAGUGUGCUCUUCACUUCCCCUCACAUCAGGCAGCGACGCAGUUCUCUACAACCCCCACACCUUUGUCUCAGUCAUGCUCAUUAGAGUUAGGACAGUGUAUCGCUUCAUCAUUAGCACUGUUUAACAAAAAAAAGAGAAGUAUAAGGAUCAUUUACAGGGAAAUGUUCAGAGGUUCUGGCCUCAACUCUUGGCCGUCAUCAGCAGAUUGGUCACUCAUUAUGAACUCCUUCAUCUUUCUCUGGCUCCAGGUUGAUGACCUUUAACCACUCCCAGUGGAUGCUGUGAGGGGUUUUGAUCUGGUUUUCCCAGAAAGCUUAUGUUGUCUGUAUCUGCUGAUCAUUCAGUCUCUUGUCCAAGGUCCUUGCUAUGUCACUGAUGUAGUGUUCCUAUAGUCCUAUCCUGUACCUUUUAUUAUGGUCCUAAGAUUCACUCCCUGAAUCUGUUGGUCUUGGAGUGCCCCAAAUACCUGCAGCACCUUCUUGUUUUUUACUUCCUUACUUGUUCACAUUUCCUGGAAAGCAUUUUCCCGACUCUGCCUGAGGUGAUGGAGACACACAAGCUUUGAACAAAGAGAAGUGACAACCACCUAAUAUCAGGUGACCGAAAUUCCAUAUGAGAUGGCAAAUAAACCAUCUCCAUGACAAGUGAAGAAAAUGUAUCUGCUGAUGAAGCCAAUGAGAUGUGGUUAAAACCUUUACUUUUUCCUUAAACUACUCUUUUCAAGGUCAGUAAUGAACGUUCAAGUUCAGCCGGUAUGGUCCUUUAAAGAGAGGCAGACCCACAGUUCACCUUUGAGAUUUUAAGCAGUGUUUCUUUCAGCUGGAAAGUUUUGCAUGUCCCAGUCUUCCAGGGAAACUCCAGUCUUUAUCGUCCACGAAGCAGAACUCAAUGUUAGAUUAGAGGAUGUCUCUGGGGUUGUCUUCUGUUAUGUCAGCUAUCUGGGAUGCCCCCACCAACGCAAGAGUGUUCAAAAGUACUUAUAAAGUAGUUAUUAAGAUGCACAAAAUAUAACGAUUAAUCAACAAAGGUUUUUAGGAUUUUGCAUAUAAAUUGUAUUGAUCAAUUCUGUUUGUUCAUCAAAUCUCCCAUCAUGGGACAAUGUGGGAAGGUUAUAGAAAAAGAAAUACUUUUUUUUGUAAUUGUUGAGUAGCUGAUGUACGCAAAGGAAAAACUGACCCUUUGUUUCUAACUCUUAAGUGCUGAUUCUAACCUGUUGUGAUUUAAUAUGAAUGUUCUCUCUACUGAGGAGAAUGUGCCUUCCCUUUCAAAUGUUGGAAGGAACUCUGUCCUGUCCCAGAUAAGGUAAUAUUUACCUUUCCAGUACCAUUUAGUAGUGUAACAGCAACAAUGUUAUCAUCGCAUGGAUAGUGUCAACUUUAACUUUUUUUUUAUAUAUAUAUAUAUAUAACCAACGUAUAUAUGUUUGAGUGUUUGUUUAUUAUCUUACAUGGAGAAUAAGUCUGUCUCUCACAUUAGUUUUGUAUUUAAAUAGAAAUUCUAAAUAAAGAAAAUCAAAUAUAC